GCGCAGCCAAUAGGUGUGGGUCAUCGCCCGUCUGGCGUGGGGCCCAGCAUAGCAGCGAGCCCGAAGUCAGAGCCGGCUACUCCGACCCUCAGUGCCUCCAGGCCAGCCCGGCUCCGGCAUGGCGACCUCGGCGGCCGGUCCCGUGCUCAUCGUUGGCAGUGGCCUCAUUGGGCGAAGCUGGGCUAUGUUGUUUGCCAGUGGAGGCUUCAGGGUGAAACUGUUUGAUAUUGAGCAACAGCAGGUAACAAACGCCCUGGAAAACAUCAGGAAAGACAUGAAGUUGCUGGAGCAGUCAAGUUCUCUGAAAGGUUCACUGAGCGCAGAACAGCAGCUGUUCCUCAUCACUGGUUGCUCAAAUAUUCAAGAAGCAGUAGAGGGCGCCAUACACAUUCAGGAAUGUGUUCCAGAAGACCUGGAACUGAAGAAGAAGGUUUUUGCUCAGUUAGAUGGAAUCAUCGGUGACGACGUUGUCCUCAGCAGCUCCACCUCAUGCCUCUUGCCUUCCCAGCUGUUUGCUGGGUUAGUGCAUGUGAAGCAGUGCAUUGUGGCUCAUCCUGUGAAUCCCCCGUAUUAUGUCCCUCUGGUGGAGCUGGUCCCCCACCCGGAGACAGCCCCUGCGACAGUGGACAGGACCCACGCCCUGAUGCAGAAGAUCGGACAGUCCCCGGUCAGGGUCCUGAAGGAGGUCGAUGGAUUUGUCCUGAAUCGCCUGCAGUAUGCGGUCAUCAGUGAGGCCUGGAGGCUGGUGCAGGAAGGAAUAGUGUCUCCGAGCGACUUGGACCUCGUCAUGUCUCACGGCCUAGGCCUCCGGUAUGCAUUCAUUGGACCCCUGGAAACCAUGCAUCUCAAUGCAGAAGGCAUGUUGAGCUACUGUGACAGAUACGGCGAAAGCAUGAAACAUGUCCUCAAGACUUUCGGACCUAUUCCAGAGUUUUCUGGGGCCACAGUUGAGAAGGUUCACCAGGCCAUGUGUGUGAAAGUCCCAGAUGAUCCUGAGCACUUAGCUGCCAGAAGGCAGUGGAGGGACCAAUGCCUCAUGAGACUUGCCAAACUGAAAAGUCAGAUGCCCUCCCAGUGAAGGUUUUUCUUUGUGUUUUUUUUAAGAUUUUAAAAUUGAUUUUUAGAAAGAGAGGAAGGUAGAGGGAUAUAGAAAGAGAAACAUCCAUGUGAGAGCAAAACAUCAAUCAGCUGCCUCUUGCACAUCCCCUACCGGGGAUCAAGCUCACAACUCAGACAUGUUCCCUGACCGGGAAUUGAACCAGCAACCUUUCGGUGCAUGAUAUGAUGCCCAGCUAACAGAGCCACACUGGCCAGGGCCCAUGAAGUUUUUUAUAAUGCCGUCACUCCCCUCACUGAAAGUCCUAGUUGGUGGAAUUAUAAAGACUUAAUCAUAUUGUUUGAAACAGUAGCAGCUACAGAGGUACCGUACUUAGCAUGCAAGCCCUGGGCUUGGUCUCUGUUAGCAGUAAUCUAGUCAUUUCCGAUGUGGACGUCAAAGCAGCACUUGGGUUCUGAGGGCUGUCGAUUUCCUGCCACCCGGGCAAGCCAGUCAUCUCAAGAUUUUCACUUUUUAGUUUUAAGUGUGAUUAUGCAUCCUACAUUUUAUAGCCAAUGAUUGUAGUUUCAAGUCAUUUUAAUCUGUAGCAAAAAUUUUUGUAAUUAUUUCUAAUCCCUUUCUGAGUACUCUGUGGCCCUUCAUUUUUGAGACAACUAACUACCUUCAUUUUGCCAAUGAUUAUUCUGAAUAAAAGUUUUUGAUUCCA